AAACACUUCAGUACCAGAACCUCCUAAAAAUGAACACACUUGGUAAACAAAGUAAAACUGAUGUAUGGAAUGGAAACAUGGCACUGUGGUGGUCUGUUGUUGCUACGUUCUUACUGAAGAUGUCAGCAGGACAACAAGUGGACCACAUCUUGCGUCAGAGUACUUCAUGUCAGAAAGACACUCCUUCUGGAGAUUUUGGCUUCUAUUUUGAUGGUGAUGAAAUAUUCUAUGUGGACCUAGAUAUUAAGGAGGUUGAAUAUAAACUCCCAGAGUUUCAGAAGUUUUUUUUCUUUGAAGCCCAACUUGGUCUGCAAGCUCUUUCUGCCUGUCAUUUUAAUUUAGAUAUAUACAUUAAGAGGUCAAAAGGCAUAUCCGGUCCAAAAGUACCACCAAAAGUGAAACUAUAUCCUUCAAGGCCUGUGGAGCUUGGGAAAUCCAGCACUCUCAUAUGUCAUGCAGACGGCUUCUUCCCAAGUGUCCUUAACAUCAGUUGGUCAAAGAAUGGCACUCCAUUGGAAGAAGGGAUUACAAUAACAGAUUUCUAUCCGGGAAAGGAAUUUACAUUUGAAAGGUUUUCAUACCUGACCUCCAUCCCAGAUGGGGGAGAUAUUUACAGCUGCACUGUAGAGCACCCAGCUCUUGACCAACCAAAUGCAGUAUUCUGGCAGGCUGAAAAAACAUUUGUACAUGAAAAUGGAACAGUUUCACUCAGUAUCCACAAGAAACUCAAAGGGAUAUAUUUAUAUCAGACAAUUGUAGAUUGUUUCUACAUGAACAAUGGUGAGACAGUGAUACUUAUUAAGACAAUCAUCUACAACAAGGAACGACAACUGUUUUUUGACAGUCGAGUUGGCAAAUUUAUUGGCAUCACAGAAAAUGGAAAGAUAGACGCAGAGUAUUUUAAUAACAACACUGAAUAUCUAGAUCAGCUCAAGGCUGAGGUUACUACAUUUUGCAGGCACAACUACGACAUAAUGAAGGAUGUCAUUGUGGGCCGAAAAGUCAUUCCCAGAAUCACAGUUCAUCCCCAAAGAAAUGUGGUGGAGAAGCACCCUAACUUGCUAAUGUGUGUAACUAGUGGCUUUUAUCCACAAAGAAUACGUGUCACAAUGCUGAAGAACGGAGAAGAGGUCACACAUGAUAUUUCAUCAUCUGGAGUGGUAUCAAAUGGAAACUGGACCUACCAGAUCACUUUGUUAAUAGAAUUCAUACCAAAAAAGGAGGAUGUUUAUGGCUGCAAAGUUGAACACAGCAGUCUGAAGGAACCAGUGAUUGUGGAGUGGAGAAUGGAAGCCUACAACUAGGCAUUCUGGGAAGGACCAUAAACAUUUCGAAAGAAAACAGGCAGUAUUACUGAUGUGCUUCAGAAGAAUUAAAGAAAGCUCUGUAAUUUCAUAUACUCUCUCCGACAUUGCCUCGCUGCUUCCUAUGUUUCAUCUAAAUGUAAAAACAAUGCAUGCAGACAUUUUCUAAUGGAAGAUGUAUCGAGCAGAAUGUACCUUGUUCAGACUGCUUUCUCUGUGACAUUGUUACCGUGGAAUACUGAUAGCUGUGCAUUAACAUGGAUCCUUGAUUCAAAAGCCAGCAAUGCAUCUGUAGGCAUGCUGUUUGCUUCAGAGAAGCUUCUAUGAGCUGUUUUCAGGUGACCUUUGAAAAACUGCUGCUGAUGGAUUGUCAUUCUCUGGAGGUUAACUGUGUAACUUGAACAUGAAAGUUUAUUAAAAAAAAAUCACUGCAAAUUUUGAUCUGCUUAGUUUGCUCUUUUCAAUGCAAGUAUGAACAUGUAUGCUGGCAAUUGCUCAUGACAGAAAAAAUAUAACUGCCUUUCUUCAGUUUGUAAAGGUCACUUUACUGUGAUAAUAAAAUUAUUUAUUAAAAUGUG